AUUCUAAACAUGAUCGUAUUGUAUAAGAAAGCUUGAAAGAAGAGUAGCGGCAGCGUACAGGCAGUUCGAUGUGAGACGCUUCGCAAGAUGUACGUCACAUUGAUUCCGUUCUUCCUAGCGGCUAACGUAGUCGUCAACGAUAGGUCGGAAUGGACUUUUGGACCAGAAUAUUCGUUCAAUCUGCAAGUGACCCACGACAGUAUGUAUGAGAAAGAGCUAACCAAAUACAGAAAAGUUUUCUCGACGGUAAAGUGUCGCCCGAAAAUGGCAGAUAGUUUGUUUUGCGAAAUACAGUACUUCAAGACGUUUGACGGACAAAAGGAACUCGUCCUUCGUACUUCAGUAAUAUUCGAGAUGAAGUUCAAUGAGCACGGUGUAGAGAGAAUAUUUACUAAUUCGUCAGAUCCCUUUAAGAAGGAAUUAACGCAAAAGAUCGCCCAACAGUUGAGCACUGGUGUCGAUGUACAGCGCAAAUUUAAGGGUAAUUCCAUAUACUGGGGUGAGGAAGCAGUAAGAAAUGGAGACAGGUGUUGGAUGGGAUGCAGUAUCACGUAUCUUAAACCGAAAAUAAAUAUGUCAAAACAGAAUACAGAUUUCCAGUUAGUGAUAUUGCCGAUGUUCGAUGUAAAACCUGAUUCCAGUUUUAUAAUCAAAAAAGACAUUAGCUGCGGUUGUUAUUUAUAUGGCCCAAACAUUUUUCAAAUAGAAUUCAGUGGUGCAACACAAAUCAAUAACAGAUUCGAAGGUCCGAUAUAUGUGAUUAACACGCACAAUUGGCGGGACCCUGGACCCUUCCAGGAAGCAAUACAACUCACGCUGGAGAGUAUCCAACCUGCGCAAAAUAAACUUAUGGAUAUUUUCAAUGGCAAUUGGUUUUUCCAUAAUUAUAAAUAAGAACAUGUAAGCUAAGAUGAAUUAUAGUCAAAGACACGUUGUUUCAUAUA